AGGUUUUAAUUCUUCUUUAUCCUCCCUCCGGUCUACAUUUUUCUUGGUGGAGUUUUACGAUUCUCAGGAUGUAUUUCCCCUGAGCAUUUCUUCAUGUUUUGGUUUAUCUAUCUACAACUUUCUCAAAAGAUUGUAAUGGGAAGUCGCAUCAAGUGUUGUGAAGUUUUUAGUCCAGACUCUGAGCAUUUUGAUUGAAUAUUUGCAAGAAUCAAUCUUCUAUAUUCUCACUCUUGUUUUUUGUCAACAAUCUGUCCGUAUUCAAUCCUACCUUAUCAAGUAUCUAUUUCUUUUAUGUGCCUAGUACUGGCAAACAAAGCAUCAGACAAACAAAAUGGGCGCUCAGUCUGCGAAGGCGACGCAGUUUUAUUUCGAAGGCCGUGCGAAAUUUAACCAGAAUGGGUACCGCGCUGCCCUUGAGAGCGAGCCGAGCAAGUCUCGGUUUGCUGCCGUGGACAACGCUAACCAUCGGGGCCGCGUCUACAUGGUCACAGGUGCUAACAGUGGCGUAGGAAAAGAGGUAGUGCGCCACUUAGCGGGUCACGGUGCAGAACGUGUCUACAUGGUCUGCCGCAGUGCAGAGCGAGGAGAAGCUGCCAGACGAGAAAUUCUCCAAGAGCAGGAAAAGAACCAAUCCUCGUCUGGGAGUCAUGAGGGAACAACAGACUCCGACUCAAGUACUAUUAAAGAUAACGUCUCAGUGUUGCAAGCCGACUGUGGGGAAAAGGAAUCGCUGAACAAAAUGUGGGCAGAGUUCCGGAGUCGCGAGAAACGUUUGGACGGCUUGGUGUGUAACGCCGGAGUCCUCACGUGGAAACCGGAAUACACAAAAGACGGGGUAGAGACAACAAUGGCAACUCAUCUCAUAUUCGGCAGUCACUACUUGACACAGCUUGCGCUACCCAUGCUUGAGGAGACCGGUACUUACAACAUCUUAAUAUUCAAGAUGUCUCUAGUACAUGUUGAUGCCUUAUUUCAUGUGGUGGAAGGGUUCAGAAGGGGAAUUUUGUGACGAGAGGACCAUGACCUCUACUUACAAUAACAGUGAUAAAAAACUAAAGUCUUAUACUUUGUCUGACCGGACGCAAAACGUUGUAAAGUCUUCGCUGUCAAGUCUUUUCGGUAAGCUGUGAUCAAAACGAAAACAUAAUUUUAUGGGAUUCAAUUUCUUCGUUUUACUGUAUAUUCAGGCGGCUCUUCCUCGUCGACGUCGCGCGUUGUUUACACCUCUUCCGGUGGCAUGUACAACAGUAAAUGGCCUGGUUGGGGAUCCUUGUUGUCUCGGCAAGAAGAGGCGACACCCUCGAAAGUCAAGGACUUUGACGGACAGAUGCAGUACGUGUAUGCGAAAAGAGGUCAAGUCUUGCUCGCAGAGCAGCUAUCUUCGAAAGAAACGGGAGAAGGAGGUCCUACAGGAGGAUCCAAAGAAAUAUGAAAGGAAAAAGUGGACGCAUCCUCAAAAAAGUAGAGGCAUGCUCUAAGUAGGAAGCUGCCUCUUUUUUCGAGUAUGACUACAGUGUUUCCUUUCAUGAUAAGAAGACCAGAGAGUGCAUUUUCUCAGCUGUCAUCCUGGCUGGGCAGCGACGGCUGCGGUGCAAAGCGCCUAUGGUUCGCAAGCGAAGUGGUUAGAGCCGAUGCGAACAGCCUAUGAGGGAGCUCGAGGUAUAUGUUGGCUAUUACUACCGGAAGCAACACGCGACUUGGACAAUGGAUGCUUCUACCUUGACUGCGUCUCGCAAGAAAAACAUCUCAGUGGUUUUCUGGGCGGGGCUGAUCAAACGCAAAACUCAGAGUCAGAGAUUCGCGAAUUCAUGCAAGGGCUCGAACAGCAGGCAUCUUUGUGA